CAGCCGGUGGUUGCAUGGGGUAAAGAGCCGGGAGCGGCGGCAAGGACGGCGCCAAAACCCCAGAUCUGAGCGGUGGAGGUUGGUCAAGCAGCCAGAAGAGUCUUCCACACGUUGGUGAGAAGCUGGGGACUCCCCAAGGACUUUGGACUAGUGAAAAGAUGGCUAACCCUGUCCCGUCAGCCUUCUGCGUGGUGCUCGCCGUGGUGGUGGUGGUGUAUGCCCAGAGGCACAGCCAGCAGGACAGCCACAUCCAGUAUGAGCGGGUAGGUGCGGAUGUGACCAUGAAGUGUGGCUCCAUGGACUGGGAUUCAGCUGUGACCUGGACAGCCAAUGGCACCGACAUUGAUGAGUCCCACCUGAAUGGGUCCUACCUGAUCCUGAAGAAUGUCGACCUGUCGCAGAGUGGUCAGUACUCCUGCUAUGAGGGUUCCUCCUGGCACCUCAAGUACCAGACCUACCUGCGUGUGGGAGUUCCCCCAAAGGAGCCAGUGCUGAUGUGCCGGUCCAACAACUACCCAAAGGGUUUCUACUGCAGCUGGCACCUGCCCACUCCCACCUACAUCCCCAAUUCCUUCAACAUCUCCGUCAUACACGGCACGAGGGAGAUGGUCUGUGAGAAGGACGUCUUUCCCAAAAACAGGUGUCACAUCAGAUACCUCCAGCUCUUCUCAACUGUGAAGUACAAGGUGACUCUGACAGUCACGAAUGCCCUGGGCAAAAGCUCCACCACUCUCACCUUUGACGAGUUCGCCAUAGUAAAACCAGACCCUCCGGAAAGCGUGGUGGCCAAACCCGUGCCCAAUAACCCUCGCAGGCUGGAGGUGUCAUGGCAAAACCCCUCAUCAUGGCCAGACCCUGAGUCUUUCCCACUCAAGUUCUUCUUGCGGUAUCGACCCCUCAUCCUGGACCAGUGGCAACAUGUUGAGCUGUCGGACGGGACAUCGCACACCAUCACGGAUGCCUAUGCUGGCAAGGAGUACAUCAUCCAAGUGGCAGCUAAAGACAACGACAUUGGCACGUGGAGUGACUGGAGCGUGGCUGUCCAUGCCACCCCAUGGACAGAGGAGCCCAAGCACCUCACCACGGAGGCGCAGAUCACAGAGACAACAAGCACUAGCACCUCCUCUUUCAUGCCACCCCCCACCACCAAGAUCUGUGACAAGGGGGCCGUGGUGGGCAGCGGAGCCGUGGCAGUGUGUUGGACAGCUGGACUUGUCUUGGCUGCCUAUAGCAUCCUCUUUAUUUAAUCCUCAUCUGUCUGUCCAUCGCAUCCCAGCGCAGAAGACGCCUUCCCACCACCCACCACCGCUGCCACCCGCGCCUCGCUACCCCUUCCCUGGGUUGAGUCUCUUUAUCUCUUCGAUUUUGCACACGUUGAGGACGUAUCACGCUUCUUGCCAUCGCUUCGGAUGAGGACAGAGCUGCUGCCAUCCCAUGGGGAGCCACAAAAUCCUCUCGAGCCCGGAGCGAGGAGACGCACUUGUCCCCGUUGUCCCCCCCACCAGUCCCCAUGCCCCUUUUCCCAAGCAAGACAAAGCGAGCCUGGUCACCGUGCUGCAGCUGAGGACCCCGCUCAUACAGCUAACCCCCCCCACGCCAAAGACGUGCCCGGCACCCCGGCACCCACCCCGGUGACAGGGAACGUGACGGCGCACGGAGAAAAGGGGAUAUGAAAAUGGGGGGGGUGGUGAGGGGAAUGAUGCUCCCAGCUGUGGACCCCCCCUCAGAGAAGAAGGGGGUCCCUCCAAGGACCGGACUUGCUUCCCCGAGCUCGUGACCGCAUGGUGAAGAUGAAGGGGGGAAUGGGUUGGAGAGGGGUCUUGGUCUCCUCGGAGGGGAUGGAUGAUGGAGGGAAGAACUGGUGGCUUCCACAAGUGUGGUUGGGAGCAGGGAGCUGGCAGGGUUUUAAUGGGGAAAAAAUAUGAAAUUAUGGGAAAAAAGAGGAAAUUAUGGG